AUGGCGGAGCCGACGGGGCGGAGAUUCGCGGUAGGCUACGCCCUGGCCUCGAAGAAACAAGCGAGCUUCAUCCAGAUUUCCCUCAUCGACACUGCGCGUGAGAGGAGCAUCGAUCUCAUCAAAAUUGAUCAGGGCAGGCCUCUAAUCGAGCAGGGCCCCUUCGAUUUAGUCCUCCACAAGAUCUACGGCGCCGAGUGGCGGCGCCAGCUGGCGGAGUACUCCGCCCGCCACCCCCGCGCCCUGAUUAUCGACCCUCCCGACGCAAUCGAGCGGCUACACAACCGCAUUACCAUGCUCCAGGUCGUCACCGAGCUCACCCUCGCUGACUGCGCGACCUCGUUUGGGAUCCCGAAGCAGAUCGCCGUCUACUGGUCGGAGGCCGUGGCCGCGCUGGACCUCGCCGCCGAGGGUUUGAGAUUCCCCGUGAUUGCCAAGCCCCUCGUGGCCGACGGCAGCGCCAAAUCCCACAAGAUGUCUCUCGUCUACGACCGGGACGGCCUGGCCAAGCUGAAGCCGCCGGUUGUGCUCCAGGAGUUUGUGAACCACGGCGGGGUCAUCUUCAAGGUGUAUGUGGUCGGUGAGCACGUCAAGUGCGUGCGGAGGAAAUCCCUGCCGGACGUGGACGAGGAGAAUCUCGAAACCCUCAAGGGUUCCCUCUCUUUCUCCCAGGUGUCCAACCUCAACAGCCUCGAGAAGGGCCGGGACACGUAUUACAAGAUGAUGAUGGAUCUUGAGGACUGCAAGACGGAGGACCCCCCCACGAGCUUCCUGGCAGAAAUCGCGCGGGGACUGAGGAGGUCUAUGGGCCUCCAUCUCUUCAAUUUCGAUGUGAUUAGGGAUAGCAGGCUCGAGAACAGGUACCUCGUAAUAGAUAUCAACUACUUCCCAGGGUAUGCCAAGAUGCCGAGCUACGAACAUGUGCUGACCGAGUUUUUCUGGGAUGUCUUGAGUAAAAGGAACAAAAUUGUGAAUAGGGAUUCAGAUGGGUCGAAGGAGAGUGUUGAUUUCGAGAAGGAAGUGAGAAUGUUGGUGAGUAAUUCAGGAUGCAGUGUUGAUGAUGGUGAUGAUGGUGGUGGGGUUCUGAGUCUUCCCAUUUCACCUCUAAAGCGUGAGGAGAAAGAGAACCCAAUUCAGGUAUGA